AGACUUAAUGGAAGGCGAUAUUGUUCUGGAUAAUGCUAUGCGUGAACUUUUAAAGCCAAAAACACACGAUGAACAUUACCGUGGCAAACGAGACACUGUUGCCAACAUUAUUAAGCUAUGGCCAGAGGGAGUGCUUCCGUACACCAUUGAAGAUAGUAUUGGUAAGACUACCUACUGUAUUAAAGUGCAAUUAAUAUGACAAAGAAUUUAUUUAUUAUUUGACAUGCAAUUGUUGAAUGAGAAUGAACGCCGAAAGUUUGUUCUGUUGAAUCUGCCAAGCUAAAAGCUAAAGGUUGCUACGGACCCAACGUGGAAUGUUUUUAAUUUGAAUUAAUGUCAAACGCCAACAAAUUGCGCUCGGAUUUCAAAAGUAUAAUCCGAAGAUAUAACUCAUAAAUAGUAACCACUAAAUCUAAGAACUGUAGAAACUUUUGCAGAAGAACUCCUGUUUAAUAUCGAAUAUGAAACCUUUGGUUACUGUACUGAAUAUACUAGGCAUUUAUUCGCAAUAUGUAGGCUAUUAGGCCAUUUUAAUUGGAAAAUUUAAUAAAAUUUACUCAUUUUUUAUACAAAUCACGGUAUAACGAUAACGUAUUUCCAUUUGCACGUCAGAAUGAUAAUUAAAUUAUUAGAUACACCAAUUUUGUCGUGCUCGUUACGUACAAAGCUUAAUAAUGUUACCUAGAAUCCUUUUUUAAUUAAUCAGCGUGGUAAUAAUAAUGGUAAAUUUGACUUCAGUUGUUGAAAUAAUUGAAUGUGACUCUGACAGUCAUAUUUUUGCGUUUUAGAUAAUGCGGCGAGAAGGAGAAUUAGACGAGCAUUCCGCCAUAUUUCCAAGAGAUCAUGCAUUAAAUUUAUGCCAAAGAUGAAAAAACACAAAGAUUACGUUAGAUUUAUUAGUGGCACAGGGUAAGAAUUUCGCUAUAAAAUGUCAUUCUAAAGCACGAAAAAGUAGUAUAGUGUUUCAUUUAGACUUUACAUUAAACCACAUUUUAAUUACUAUAAGUGAAAUUUUCAAAGUUGGGGGGUUCAAAGUUGGGGUGUACACUGCAUGACAAAGCGAAGCGGUAAGUCAUUUCGCACAUGAACCCGUAUAAAGAGAACAAAAGGCACGAUAAGCGUAUAUCUUGGUGGGGGGGGGGGGCGACUGUCCCCCAACUUCACGGAAAAUGACGAUUUUCGGAAAUUUUGACCUAAAAGAGGGCUAAAAACAGCCUUUUCGAGUGCAAAUAGGGGGGUUUGUCGGAAAUUUGAAAGUUUUGUCGGAAAUUUAGGAGGCUUUGCCCCCCCCCCGGAAAAAGUAAAUUGCCGCCACUAUCUGCGCAAGGAGACUAACGGGCUUAAAUGGGACAAUUGAAAUCAUUAAUUAUUAUUUAAUACAAUAUUAUAGAUGUUAGAGUCAAAUACGACAAACAUAAUUAGAAAUUAGGCCAAAAUUAAUUAAUAGUAGAAUUAAUGUACCAAUCAAGCUGAUCAAAUUCAUCCAAAAUGUUUGUUUCAUCGUUUCCUUGCUGUGGGAACUGUAGAUUACCAUACUAGGGGGGGGGGGUCAUAUGACACCAAACUGUUUGUUAUCUUAAGACUCUUAAAGUGCCCUAGUUUGAACAUAUAAAUUGCGGUUGCCAUAAAGUAUUUUAAUAAAACACAAAACAGUAGACACUCCGAAAAUUGUAAACAUUUUUAUUCUUCACGUUUCGACUAUAGUUUAAGUCACCUUUAGAAGAACAUCACGUAUUUUGAAAAGCCAACUAUUUACAAGCUAGAUGCUUGCGUGUUCAAAGUUUGAUAACAUCAUAUGUAUAAUUAAACUAAAAAUGACGUCACAACAGGGCCGUAACUACUGGGAAGGGUGGUAUAACACCCCCCUACCCAAAGAAAAGUCAACGAAGGGGCCCCAAUUUCCCCAGAGGGGGCCCUGAAAUGCUGGAAUUGCAGAACGUGCUAAAUAUUAAAGAAUAUUGUGAAAAAUUGAGGUCGAAAAAGCUCUGAAAACGUAUUUUUAACCCAAAGUGUCCCAAAAAUGUCAGACGAGCGUUGCUGGAGCAGUGCAGCAAACUCGACGUUUACAUAUAAUGAGAUAGUAGUGAUUGAACGUUUUGUAUUGUCUGUCAUCAUGAAAUGAAAUAUUAAUCUGAAUUACUGCAAUAAUCAGCAUGAUUAAUAUUGUACAAGAAAUAAACAUACACACGCUACUUGUUUCAUGUGAUUAAUUUGAUGCAUUUAUUCACUGAUCCUUUAUGUAUGACGUCAAACUGGAUGCGUUACUUUAUUAAAAAUGAUCAAAUAUCUCAACAACGAAAAAUAGAAAUAAAAUGUAUGAAAGAAUUUCUCGUUGAAGACAAUAAAUAAUUAUGUACAUGGCAUAUGCACUUUAAUACUAUACUAAUACUUUAAUACUUUAAUACAUGUCUGUCAAUAUGCAUAUAUAUAUAUAUAUAUAUAUAUAUAUAUAUAUAUAUAUAUAUAUAUAUAUAUAUAUAUAUAUAUAUAUAUAUAUAUAUAUAUAUAUAUAUAUAUAUAUAUAUAUAAUAUAUAUGCAUAUUGACAGACAUGCAUGUUUCGGCGUUCAACGCCUCGUCAGUGCAGCUUGGUACACGUCUAGAUACAUGAUACCUUCGUAUUUAUACACAUUUAUACACAUGAGCGUGCUCUCACCAAGCGCAUGUGGUACAACACGAAGGUAUCGACGCAUCCAGACAUGCGCAGAGUGUAAUGGGGCCAGAGUGCUCAAACAACCACAAGGAAAGUGAGCUUUGCAUUAUCGCUAAUAGUUACCCAUUAACAACUCCACAGAGUGCUGUACAACAUCGAAACCGAAGUGAAGGAGCGUAAUAGUACAAUCUGCAGACAUGCAUGUUUCGGCGUUCAACGCCUCGUCAGUGCAGCUUGGUACACGUCUAGAUACAUGAUACCUUCGUAUUUUUAUAUAUAUAUAUAUAUAUAUAUAUAUAUAUAUAUAUAUAUAUAUAUAUAUAUAUAUAUAUAUAUAUAUAUAUAUAUAUAUAUAUAUAUAUAUAUAUAUAUAUAUAUAUAUAUAUAUAUAUAUAUAUAUAUAUAUAUAUAUAUAUAUAUAUAUAUAUAUAUAUAUAUAUAGUAUUAAAGUGCAUAUGCCACGCAAUUGUUUAUUGUCUUCAAUAAACUUAUUCUUUUUGUCUAAAUGUUUAUUCUUACUUAAAAUGUUUUUUUGUUUCUUUAAAUGUUUUGGGUUUUUUUUUUCUUACUUAAAACUUUUUUUGGCGACAAAAAAGACGAAAUUGACAUUUUUGAACAUACGGUAUCAACCUUGAUAAGAGAAAGUGUAUUUGUGCACGCACACAUUGCAGGGUUGCCAUUUUGGAUGACAAUAAUAAAGCUUGUCACAAUCUUUCUCUAAACCAUGAUAUUCUAUUUUAAGGUGUUACUCGUCAAUUGGCAGAAAAGGUGGCGCACAAACAGUGUCUAUAGUGCGUAAUUGUGAAUAUGGAGCAAUACAUGAAGUAAUGCACGCGUUAGGUUUCGUUCAUGAGCAGUCAAGACAUGAUCGGGAUCGUCAUGUUAAAAUAUUAUGGUGGAACAUUCAAAGAGGCAUGUUCAACUUCUGUUUAUCUGCACUAUCGAGAUCAAACAAAUAGUUUUAAUAUAAUAUUUGUCUGUAAGCAGCGAAGUCCGCACUGUUCUAUCGUUUGAAUUUCGCGCAUUUAACACAUGUUAUGACGUCAUCAGGCAACAAUAUGAUAGGAUAGGAUUGCUCCUAUACUUUAUUUUGUGCUUAGGUUUGAAGAUAUUUUGAUGUCGGCAAGCUAUCCUGCCACAGUGCAGCCAGGGCCGGUUGUUCAAAGCUGGAUUAGCGCAAACCCUGGAUUAAAAAUUUAAUCUGCUGUUUCCGUUUGUGUAUUUCUGCACGUCCGUUUGUUUCAAAACGUCAGAAAAGAAAACUCUUAUUGUUCCACACAAGAUUUCUGAAGAAUAGUUUCCAAGUUCAUGAACAAGCUGUUGGAAAGUUUGCUCUGAAUUUUAGAUUGAUCUUAAGCUAAGGGAAAGUACAUUUAUUACGCCGAGGGAGGGGGAUGAAGAUGUCUUGAAAAAAGCUCAUAUUUUUACAGGGCCCCUGUUGAGGCUAUUGGUAAAUUUCGAUGCCCCCCCUUCCAAGUUUUUAAAAUUUUCAAUGCCCCCCCUCUAGAAAUUCGGAAUCGAAGAAGUACAAUCCGAAAUUCUCUCUUAUCAUAGAUACAAUUUGCAGUUCCUCAAGAUGUCUGAUAUAUACUCAAGCAUGUGCUUCACAACAAAACUAUACCGACCUGCUGCUUCUUUCACCUCACUAGCGCCAGAUGAAAUGGCACCGUCUUUAAAAAAAAACCAUUUUAGAUUGGCUCUAGGGGCGAAAUUAUCAACAGGUUGUUGUUGUCUAUCAUUCAGCGUAGUCGGAAUCUUGAACAUGUUCAUGUAGUGGCCAGGAUUUCCUGGAUCAGGGUAAUGUGCUGGAACCUUACAGAAUGUCGCUCCCACCCAACGUAUCUCCCGGCAUCUGUUGCAAAUGUCUUUGCAUGCCUGUCAAAAAUGCAUGCAAAAGUGCCAGUAUGCUUCAAUUUCAUUAAUUUUCAUCCUGUUUGUACUAAAUAUCCGAUAAACAUAGAACAUAUCAUUCUUACAAAUCGUAUGCUUUUUGGAACUGCUACUUUUUGGCGGGUAAAUUACUUCACAAACCUGGUGCCAAAAAAUUUAAAAUAAGCUAUAGGUGAUUUCAUGUAUCCAUUUAGAAGAGUAAACUAAGGAUAUCUUAAAAGUUAAAACUGAAAUCGGUUUCGAAUACAACCAUUAGGGACGUAGCAAAGCAUCUGACGUUGGGGGGGGGGGGGGGGGGGGUAAUAAUUAUAAUAAAGCUUUUGUGAUUGAUUGGCGCUCUCUUUUUGGGAGAAAAAUGUUUACAUUUUGAAGCCCAGGACUGAAUUGCGUUUCUAUGCAGAUUUGCAAACAAAUGUAUGUAAAUUGACUGUAUUUUACAAAAAUGGUUAUCAUUUCACAAAAAUAAUUACUUUAUUACCGUUUUACCUGAAAAUGUCAAAUUUUUAGCUUUAAUUUACUGGGGUCAAACCUUUGAAAAGUUUAGAGCCCCCCCUUCAGUAUAUCAAGAACUUUCAGAGCCCCCCCUUUAAUGCCAAAAAAUAUUUCGGAGCCCCCCUUAACAUCUUUAUCCCCCCCCCUCGGCAUAAUAAAUGUACUUUCCCUAACCGGCUGUAAUUCUAUAACUCCUGUAUAAUUUAUAAUUGCAAAUAUUAUCGCAAGGACAAAGAUCUAAAUUUUCACAGCUGUUAACUUUUUGCCACACACAUGCAUAAAUUUGAUGAUAUAUUUAUGUUAUUCCGUGCAGGUAUGGAAAAGAACUUCAAAUGUUAUAAGAAUGGCGUAACCGACACACUUAACCAACCAUACGACCUGAAGAGUAUAAUGCAUUAUGGAAACAAAGCAUUCAGCAAAAAUGGCGGAAAUACGAUAAUAUCAAGAAACUACGCCAAUCUUCAACUGGGAGCUAAGCAAGAGAAACUAUCCUUCAUUGAUACUAAACAACUUAACCAGCUAUAUAAAUGCCAGGUCAGAUCACGGAGGAGAUUGGGUCGAUAUUAUAGUAAGUUCUAUAUAUAUAUAUAUAUAUAUAUAUAUAUAUAUAUAUAUAUAUAUAUAUAUAUAUAUAUAUAUAUAUAUAUAUAUAUAUAUGAAGAAAAACAGUGUUUUGAUCAGCUUCCCUGAUAUUUCAACACAACUCUAUAUUGACUAUAUCUAUAAUAGGAAAAUAUGAAAUACUAUCUAUGAUAGGAAAAUAGCAGCUAUUGCUAAGAGACCACCUCACUGGAAAAAAAUAGUGAAAUUCAUACCAUGGAAUUUGCAAUUGUAUCACUAAAUCCAUAGACCAUAGCAUAUGUCCAUACUAUUUCCAUACUAUAUCCAUAACAUGGAAAUUGCAAUUCGUAUGAAAAUUGGAUUUUUAUACUAUUUGCAACGGAGAUCCAUUUCCAUGGUAAAGAUCUUGAAAACAAUUUCCAGUCGACCUGCAUGGAAAUUUUUCCUAUGCAUGUGUUGCUUGAAACGAAUAGCUUAUUUGGAAAAAUAAAACAAAACCUCGGUUGAUGGGGAUGCAACCAUAUACCUGAAAAAUACAAGGAGACAUUUCGGGAAGCCGGUUAGUAUAGCGGGGGUCGGGAAAAUUACACGAGUCUUUAUACGAGUGAAUAUAAAACCGAUUAUGCACGUACAAAAUAUCACUUUUAAGUUUGUGUACGAUGUUCCAUGAACUUGUUGAAGAAAGAAACUUAUUUUCUGUACAUUUGGGUCCAUAUCAUACUGUUUUAUAGUAAUGGCAUUUUUUUGUUUUCUUUAUAGUAAUAUUAUUUGACUAUUCUGUCGCUACGUAUUUCAAAAUUAAUAUUUUGAAUUUUUACAGAACCCUGUCGAAAUAUACUUUCUGGUUGCUUUAAUUAUGCAGUAAAUAGUGAUGCUUGUGAAUGUAAUUAUGAAUUCAUGGAGCACUAUUGCAGGAGAUCAUGCGGAUUUUGCUGGUAAGAACUUAUAUAUAGUCGUCAAUAUAUUCUAUUAUGAAGCUCAUGCAGAUCAAACUAUAGGAAACAUCAUGUUCCAAUAGUGGGCAUGCAAUUAAAGAAGGAAACGUUUUUGUAAUUCAAGGCAAUGCAAACAACGUAACGCAACACAGCACAACAUAGCAGAACACAUUAGUUAAAUGAGUUGCUAGAAAAUAUAAAUAUGGGUUACAGUUCAUGUGGUAACUAUAUAUUUAAAAGGUGAACUGCGUGAACAAAGAAAUUUAAAAGUUACAACAAUCAUGCAAUAUAAAUAAGAAUCAUGCACUAUAUAGCCUAAGUUAGAGUUAUAAACUGAGAAGGAGGUUUAUAACUGAUAUAUUGCCCCCGAGGAUCGACGCGCAGCGUCCGAGGGCAAUAUAUCAGUUAUAAACCGACUUUCGAGGUUUAUAACUAACUUAUAUCUCAUUUGUGGAGGUUUUCUAACAUAUUUUGUCAUUUUCAAAAAUUUUUGAUGAAAAAUUCUCGCGUUUUGUCGAAAAGUUUAAUGUAAUUAUUUAUUCAAGGUAUAUUAGCUAGUUAUAAAUCUCGGACGAUCAAAGAAAACCGACACAAAUGAGAUAUAAUCAGCUAUAUAUGUUAGCCAUGAUUGCUGGGCUAUCUGAAAAAAAUAAUUUUAAUCCCCAUCUAGAAAUUGUAGUUGAACUACAAAUCUGAAGAGGUAACGAGUCCCAAACUGCUGCGCCUCAAACAAAAUGCAUUAUUAUAUAUCAAUAGUCAAAGUCGCAUUUUUCUAGUGUUUUAUUGGUUGAGAGCAUAUCACGUGAGAGUGACGAAAUUAUGCUGUCUCCCUCGCAACAGCGCGAGAGGGAGAUAAUACGUUAUCGACCGGCGAAUAACAAAAAAAAUCACGUGCGCCAUCACGUGAAGAUGCGACCUUUGGAAAUGCCCAGUACGUAAUUAAAACUUUCGCUUUAAGUAACUGCAGUGUAGCCAGUGUUUAAUAUAACGUUUUAACAAUAAAAUAUUUCAUGUAUUUACAUUAAUUUGUUCUUUAAUUUGUUGUUUCUUUGACUAUUGAUCUACAAUAAAACACUUAUUUACUGAGACCUCGGGAAAGCGGGUCCACAAAACACACUGUUUCCCUCGGUCUCAGUAAAUAAGUGAUAAUUAUUAUUUAUGCGCCAAUGCGCUGCGGCACUUUGGAAGGUAAAGAUAUAUACUAUAUUGUUCCUUGCAUGUAUUAAAGGAAUGAAUAUCUUUGUGCCGGUGCACUUUAAGAGUGAAUUAAUUUUGUGCAAAUGAAUCAAAAGAAAAAGCCAAAUUGAUGUCGUAUGCGUGUCCGGACUAUAUAAGAGGCUGAAAAUAAGAAAACAAUAUUUUCGAGACAAAACACACAAGCUAGCCGAGAAACAAAACGUUUCCGCAUUUGUCCAGAAAGUUCUGUUAUUUUGAAUAACCCCUGUGUUUUUUUCUCCAGAUGUUUAGCGGGAGUUUUUUCCAGCAACUAUAUAGUCGUUCUACCAUGGACAAUGGACAGUUAAUCUACUGACGCUAACUUGACACACCCGUCACGUCUUGGUGUUCACGCAUGCAAAGGUUGCUUUUUGCUGGAUAAUUUUCUGGAUAAUGACAGAAAGUGUCAUUUAGGAUAUGCAACUGAAAACUUUUCUUUGUACUCCAUUUUUGGCUUUUGAUGUAUUGUAAACAAAACAGAAUGGAUGCUUAAGGUGGAUUUAGGACGUACCAAACUUUUAACUACUCAAAAAGAGCUGGAACGUUACCUUAUUAAAGGCGAAAUUAACACACAAGUCUACUCUAUUGCUGCCAAAUUGAUGUUGAUAGCAUUUUCGUCCAGACUAUUUGUCUAAAUAAAGAACAAAGCUAUAUUUGAGUUAUUUAGUUGAUGUAUUUUGGCUUUAUCUCUGCGCGUUCCAGUUCUUUCUACUGAAACGCAUGGCUGGAAUAAUAGUAACUAACUAACUAACUAACUAAAAGUAACUAACUGCAUGUAUGUAUAAUAGAACAUUGUGUGCAUGAAUUAAAUGUACAAAAUAUUUACAAUAUACCCUUUAACCAUAUAAUAUAUCUUCCAUCAUCCUUUGUAUCAAAGGUUCCUGUAUUCCAAACGAACUUGGUACUAUAGAUAAAAUAAAUAAAUUUCGAUAUAUGCGUAUCUUUUUCAUUAUUAUACAUGUCAUGACGACGGCAUCUUGACUUGUGCACAAUGCAUUGUGGUCGCCAUGCAGGGUAUAAAAAGCCAUAUUAAAAUGGGGGUUGUACCGUACAAAAAUACCAUGCAGCAAGUUUAGGAGCACAAAAACUUUCGUGAUAAAAUGAUGAAUAGCUGGAUAAGAUUUAUGUGCGUGAUUAUACAAUAUUCUAACCCUGGGCAGGCUUAUAAAAGUUUCGCGGUUGUAUAUAUUAUUCCUUUAGUUUUUAGUUUGAAAAUGUGUCUGUUAUUUGUCACUGAAUAUAUAUAACCUUCAUCUUUUGCACACCCUGCAUACACCACAAAGCAUUGAAGUUUCGAGAUGAUGUCGGCAUUGAUCAAAGACGAUUAAUUAUUUAACUAUAUUUAACUGCACAACUAUAUAUGCAAAGAAAUGUAUUAUUUCUAAUGCAGAAAUCAACUUGCUCAGAAAACAACUAUAUUUUCCUAAUAUAACGUAUUUUAAGUGGUUUGUCAUGGUAACACGAUCUUUAUAUUAUUUUUAUAUGUUUGUAC